GAAUCGUACGCGAAGUUGGUACAAUUUAUCAACGGGUUAAUGCACGGGGAAGCUUUAGAUCAAAUUUCCAACAUGAUGGAAUAUUUCAUCAAAAAAUAUGAUAAAUUUAUCAAAGAUUUGCAUGUAAUGUUUAUCAGUUAUGUGGAAAAAUUAUGGACGGAUACUUCUGUUAUGUUGAUCAAUCAUUGGAAUCGUAUGUUGGCAGCCAUUGAGCCAACAUUCUUGAAAUUUAUACAUUAUGGUGAAACGGUUAUUUGGAAUUCCAGUAAGGAAUUUUUAGAUUUCCUGUACAAACGUAAACAUGAAAUUGAAGAAUCACCAUAUUUUAUGCAUUUCGCAAACUUUACGCAAGAUAUUGAUCGAUUUUAUAAAGAUAUGAUCCAUAACAGUGUCAUAUCGAAUAUACGAAAAUAUUCGAAAAUUGUCUGGCAAUUUAUUAAAGAUAAAUAUUUCUCAAUGAUACCAUUUGGUAAAGAAUUAUCGAAAGUAUUCAAUGAAAUCGUUACGGAAUUACAAGAAUUAAAGAAAUUACCAUCGUUGCAAUUUUUAAUUACGAAAUAUGAUGAAAUGUAUGAUAAUUUGGUCUGGUUCUACGAGUACAUGAAAAUUGGAGAUCUGGUCCAGAAAGUUAUCACUGUUUUACAUAUGAAAAUCACGGAAAUUACACAAACUGCUUUGGAUAAAGAAAAUAGAUAUCGUGAAGCAAAAACGAAGUUUAUAUUCAAUCCAGAAACUGGUAUUAUGGAAUUAGAACAAAAAUUACCUAUGUCAUGGCAUGCGUUUAAUGAAACACCCAAAUUUAUGGAAAUACCAGAAAUUCGUGCUAUAAACGAUGCCCAAAAUUAUUUAGUUAUGUCCAAUAAGAGUUUCUGGAUGUUAUACUAUCAAUAUAAACCGUAUAUUGAUGGGCAACAUUAUGAUUUUAGUGGAUCCUGUUCAUAUCUUUUGGCAAACGAUUUUAUGGUUAGUAAAUUUUCGAUGAUCAUUAAUUAUAUCGUUAAGGAUAAAGUUGUUAAGCAUAAAAUUGAUCUUUUGAUUGAUGAUGUAUUGAUUGAGGUCGACUUAUUUGCAGAUAACGUUAAAUUAUUGAAGAAAGGUGUCAACACAAAAUUACCUUUACAAUUAGACAAAGCAUAUAUUUAUCGCGAAGCAGACACGAUAAUGAUCGAAAGCUUAAAGUGUUUCACAUUAAAAUGUAACUUAAAAUUCGAUAUAUAGUAUGUAAAUUUCAUA